AUGAAGAUAUGUCUACGCUAUCUCGGUGACCCUGGAUAUCAACAAGGUAUUGGUCAGGAACUUGGUGUUAGUCAAGCAACGGUGUCUCGGACUGUGGAAAGAGUUGUGAACAGCAUGAUUGCACAGUCGAACGAAUGGAUCAAGUUUCCAACUACCAACCAUGAACUGAUGGAGGCUAAGCGGAUAUGGCAAAGCAUGUAUAAAUUUCCGACAGCAAUUGUUGCAAUUGAUUGUACACGUAUAGGUAUCCUAAAACCAAAUCGCCGUGGAGAUGAGUAUAUCAACCGAAAAGGGAAACUUUAA